AUGCCUGGGAAGAUUCUGCCUUCCUUCACCAAGGCGGAGGUUGAGUCGCACAACAGCGCCGACUCCUGCUACGUGACCUUGGGUUCGAAGGUGUACGAUAUUACUUCGUUUGUUGAAGAUCACCCAGGUGGUGGAGAUCUGGUUCUGGAAUACGCUGGGAAAGACGUCACCGAAAUCCUGCAGGAUCCGGUAUCCCACGAGCAUUCUGAAUCGGCAUACGAGAUCUUGGAUGACAGUCUGGUCGGAUUCAUUGGUACCGAAUCAAGCACGAAAUCGGCAAAUGGAUCCUUGACAAAUGGAUCAUUGGCAAAUGGCAAUAAGGCAUCCCAGCCGGUCUAUGCCUCUACUGGCAUGUCCAACGAGGAGGAUUUAUCCGUGGACACAGACCCAAACCAGGACUAUAAAAAGCACAAGUUUCUGGACUUAAAUAAGCCUCUUCUUAUGCAGCUGUGGACCGGCGGGUUCAGCAAGGACUUCUACCUGGACCAGGUUCAUCGCCCACGGCACUACAGGGGAGGCGAGUCCGCCCCUCUCUUUGGCAACUUCCUGGAGCCUUUGAGCAAAACCUCUUGGUAUGUCGUGCCAAUCGUAUGGCUGCCUCCCGUCAUCUACGGCGCGAUCCUAGGAAAAACUGGGCUAGAAAGCACACCCGCCGCCGCGGGUUAUUUCAUCUUUGGCGUCUUCUUUUGGAGUUUGAUCGAAUAUUUCAUGCACAGAUUCUUAUUCCAUAUCGAUAAGUUCCUCCCUGACAACCGAGUCGGAAUCACUCUACACUUUCUCCUUCACGGCAUCCACCACUAUCUUCCGAUGGACAAGUACCGACUUGUUAUGCCGCCAAGUCUAUUUAUUAUCCUAGCUACACCGUUCUGGAAAUUUGCCCACACGGUUCUAUUUUUCAACUGGUAUGCUGCUCUGACAGCAUACUGCGGCGGCGUUUUCGGGUAUAUCUGCUACGAUGUGACACAUUAUUUCCUUCACCACCGCAACCUUCCUCCAUACUACAAGCAGCUCAAGAAGUAUCAUCUUCAGCACCAUUUUGCGGACUUCGACAAUGGGUUCGGUGUUACAAGCCGGUUCUGGGACAGGAUUUUCGGCACUGAGAUCGAGCUUCCCCCUCCCAAGGUUCUGAAGACCCAGUAG